CUGCUCGACCGUGACGGUGCGAUUCGUUAUCGCACCGGGGUAGCACAGGCACAACACGCCUAUACAACUUGAAACAUCCGAAUCGAGUCUGAACCCCCCAUCCUAAUUUAGGACGGGUUGGAACACAGACACCAAUCCAACACAACAAACACACACAGCACACUACCAACUAACCUGAGUUGGAUUCAAAGUGAGUCCAACUGAUCUCGGGGAAUGAACUCUUCCCACUUCAUUUAUCACGUCCAUGUUCGGGCAACCCCCAUUUUUCGCAGGCUGGCCUCCCCUUCCCUCGUGUCCAUCUAGCUAUCAUGCCGGGGCCUUACCCAAGAGCAGCUUCCCCAUUUAGCGCCCGGUCGCGAGUAGCCACACCCACCCAAUUCAACAACGCCACCUCCGCGUCUAUUUCCAUUAGCGCCGAGGAAGAGUACCCAUUUGCAUCUCAUCUGGUCACAUCCCCUGACUCUCCUCGCUCUUCUCUGUAUGGUCACCCCCGCCAGUCGUCUCUGAGCAAGGAACGGCCACAAUAUAAGGGGAGCUACGUAUCCGCUGAGGAACCUAACAGUACAGCCAGCGUCCUCAGAAAACAACAGCGAAAUGCCCUUGUAUCGAAUCACCAGAAGUAUGUCACAUCGUCUUACUCCCAUCCCUCAUCAUUAGCGCACUCCCGGAACUUCGCAGUAGCCUCGAACUGGGGGAUCUCGUCAUCACGGUCACUGGGGGGUGAACAUCUCAUGGAUUACCCCUCCCGCUCCCAUCGAUCAAUGUCCCCUUCCCCUUCCCGUCUCUCCAUGCACAGCAAUCGACCGGGUCGAGACCCUUCCUCGUAUUACCCUACUCCACCUCACGACGUAAUCCCGAAUGAUCGUGGCUUUGACACGUAUUUACCGCCAUUGCCUCUCCGUGCCACCGCCACGAGCGUCGCCCCACGGUCGUUCUCUGCUCCAAGUCGAGGAAUUGUUGGUGGACGCCGUGGCAUUGGUAUCCGAGGGCCAAGUCACCUUAAUAACAAAUUUGUUGCUGUGGAUAAGGGACGAAGUUAUAGUUCAAUGGAUUAUAAUAACGUCCCUUUCGAUGGCGGCGGCGGCGACAUUGAUUCGGACGAGUAUGCAGAAGGGGAUCCGUAUGAUUCAGAUGAAGGUGUAGCGAGAAGAGCUCAUCCCUUACCUACACCAAGCCCAGGACCCAUAACGCGGUUUUCUCCAACGAGAUCGUUGAUGAAUGAUUUGGGGGUUGGUGCAGGGACACUCGCCCCCUCUUCACCCCCUGAACACGACGAGCAGCCUACCGCAUCAUACCUCACUGCUUCACCACUGAUGGACACCGCCAACGAAGAGACGAAUCAACAAACCACUUCACUUCUACAAUCAAGACCACCUCCGAGUCGCGAACUCUCAAGAGGAACGCUUUUCCCUCGAACACCAGCCAACCGACCAUUCCCACCAGGUCAAUAUCCCCGCGUCCCCGUUGCUCAUCUUCCCGUGCCUCCAUCACCAUCGAGUACAUCUCACAGCACUGAUUCAGAACAAGGAAUACGGGGGCCGAUGUUCAAUAUGCCUGGAUUAGACAUUCGAGAGAAGGAUGAUCCGUUCAAGGAGAUCAUUCUUGAGGAUGAAGAUCAGCGUGGUAGACCAAAGCAUGCCAGGAAGGGAGGACAGUCUUCUUCAAGGAAGAAGAAAGGAGGUAGUUAUGAUAAAGGGCUAAAAUCGGAAAAGAUAGGGGCCAAUCGGGAAAAGAGUACGGUUAGACAAGGAAGGGUGUGGCACGAAGAAAUUGUCGAGGCGGACUCGACUAUGCCCAACACGCCCUUAUCCACUAUGACGAGAGCGAGAGCGGGGUUGUCGUUUGUCGGUGAAGACGGAUCAUACAUACCGAGUCAUCAUGGGAAGAACAAGUCGCUGCGACUCGGAGCGGCUCCGUUUGGUCAUGAUGAGUAUACCCCAUCAUGUACGGAUGGUCUGCGGAGGUCAUGGCAAUCAUUCAAGAUCAGCCUGCGAUUUGGUAUGUUCCGGACAAGAAAGCGACUUAAGAAAUCCGCGGGACUUUCUUGAUCGCUAGUACCUCCAUGAUAUGAUUCCCCCCUAUCCUCGCUUUACAUUCCUCCGUUCCAAUAGUGUUAUCGUAAGUCUCAAUCGUGCGCUUGCGCCGGUUGGUUCUUGGGGGCUUGUCCUUUCGUCUCUCCGUUCGUUGGUUGCCUGCCCCAGUCCUCUUCCCUCCCUGAUUGUUUGUGCUUC